GUUCAGAGAGCUUGUUUCCAUCCCUGUGGCCUUCGCUCUCACAUCCGUGGUGGCUCAUCCAGCACCAGGCAAAACUCCCACUACAGCUGCGCAACGCGAAAAGCGACUCUUGGCCACCUCCAGAACAUCUAUUACACCCGGCCACCCCACUCACGUUAUCAGCUUCACUGAACCCACAAACUCAAGAUGGCGCGCGACGAGAUUGUCGACGAUGUUGACGUCAACAUGGAGGAGGACGACGCCGAGGCCGAGCAGCGCCUGAUCAACGAAGAGUACAAAAUCUGGAAGAAGAACAGCCCCUUCCUCUACGACAUGAUGCUCAGCACGGCCUUGGAGUGGCCUACCCUCACGACACAAUGGUUCCCCGAUGUCAAGAACCCCAAAGACAAGAGCCACACCGUCCACAGACUGCUUCUCGGAACCCAUACCGCUGAGGGCAAGCCCAACUACCUCCAAAUCGCCGAAGUCGAGAUCCCUAAGAUGGUCGAGCUGAAUCCCCGCGACUACGACGAGGAACGCGGCGAGAUUGGUGGCUAUGGCAGCAAGGCCUCUUCCGGGGAGCCCUUGUGUAUUCGGUUCAAGAUCACCCAGAAGAUCGACCACCCUGGCGAGGUCAACAAGGCCCGCUACCAGCCCCAGAACCCCGAUAUUAUUGCCACCCUUGCUGUUGACGGCCGUGUCUUGAUCUUCGACCGCACAAAGCACAGCAUCACGCCCUCCGGCACUCCUAGCCCUCAACUUGAGCUGAUUGGCCACAAGGAGGAAGGCUUCGGCUUGAACUGGAACCCGCACGAGGAAGGCUGCCUUGCGACCGGCAGCGAAGACAAGACCGUCCUCCUGUGGGACCUCAAGACCUACGAAGGUACCAGCAAGCAGCUCAAGUACUCUCGCAAGUACACGCACCAUAGCCACAUUGUCAACGACGUUCAACACCACCCCUUGGUCAAGUCAUGGAUCGGUACCGUCUCGGACGAUCUCACUCUCCAGAUCAUCGACGUCCGCCGUCCAGAGACCGACAAGGCAGCUAUUGUCGCCCGUAACGGUCAUAGUGACGCCAUCAAUGCUUUGGCAUUCAACCCACGGGUGGAAACCCUCAUUGCGACUGCUUCCGCCGACAAGACAAUUGGUAUCUGGGACAUGCGGAACAUGAAGUCCAAGGUCCACACCUUGGAGGGCCACCAGGAUGCGGUUACCUCUCUUGAGUGGCACCCAACCGAGUCGGCCGUUCUGGGCAGUGGCAGCUACGACAGGAGGUUGCUGUUUUGGGACAUUAGUCGUGUUGGAGACGAGCAAACCCAAGAGGACGCUGAGGAUGGUCCACCGGAGCUGCUCUUUAUGCACGGCGGUCACACCAACCACCUGGCCGAUUUCAGCUGGAACCGCAACGACCCCUGGCUUGUGUGCAGUGCUGCCGAGGAUAACCUGCUACAGAUCUGGAAGGUGGCCAACAGCAUCGUUUCCAAGGAGCCCGCGGACAUGUCUACUCCCGAGCUCGAUGACCCGAAACCGAAGCAAUCUAGCCACUAGGAUGAGGAAACUUCGGCCUUCCAAGUCCUGUUGCCCUCGAUCGAGACUCUAGAGAUACAACAGCAACAAGAGGAACAGCAACAGGCGCAUGACAAGUCCGCGGAGCAAGCCGCUACCAUUGGAUCCAGGACGGAAAAGGGUAAAG